CCCCUGGCGGUUCGGGCGCCGGAGCCGGACGCGCGAGCGUUGGCAGUGGACAUGACGCCUGACUACCUGGAGACCCGGCCGCUGCUGGGGCCGCCCAGCGGCAGCGCGCCCCGCGGCCGCCGCGUCUUCCUCGCCGCCUUCGCCGCCGCCCUGGGCCCGCUCAGCUUCGGCUUCGCGCUCGGCUACAGCUCUCCGGCCAUCCCGAGCCUGCGGCGCGAUGCGCCCCCGGCCCCGCGCCUCGACGACGCAGCCGCCUCCUGGUUCGGGGCCAUCGUGACCCUGGGCGCCGCGGCGGGCGGCGUGCUGGGCGGCUGGCUCGUGGACCGUGCGGGGCGCAAGCUGAGCCUCCUGCUCUGCACCUUGCCCUUCGUGACCGGCUUUACGGUCAUCACCGCCGCCCAGAACGUGUGGAUGCUGCUCGGGGGUCGCCUCCUCACCGGCCUGGCCUGCGGCAUUGCCUCCCUGGUAGCCCCGGUGUAUAUCUCCGAAAUCGCCUACCCUGCCAUCCGGGGGCUGCUGGGCUCCUGUGUGCAGCUGAUGGUCGUCAUAGGCAUCCUCCUAGCCUACCUGGCUGGUGGGGCUCUGGAGUGGCGCUGGCUGGCCGUGCUGGGCUGCCUGCCCCCCUCCCUCAUGCUGCUGCUCAUGUGCUGCAUGCCCGAGACCCCGCGCUUCCUGCUGACGCAGCGCAAGCACCAGGAAGCUGUGGCCGCCCUGCAGUUCCUGUGGGGAUCCCAGCAGGACUUGGAAGAGCCCCCUGUGGGGCCUGCAGACCAGGGCUUCCACCUGGCCCAGCUGAGGCGGCCCAGCAUCUACAAGCCCUUCGUCAUCGGCAUUUCACUGAUGGCCUUCCAGCAGCUGUCGGGGAUCAACGCGGUCAUGUUCUAUGCAGAAACCAUCUUUGAGGAGGCCAAGUUCAAGGACAGCAGCCUGGCCUCAGUCGUCAUGGGCAUCAUCCAGGUGCUGUUCACGGCCCUGGCGGCCCUCAUCAUGGACAAAGCUGGGCGCAGGCUGCUCCUGACCCUGUCAGGUGUGGUCAUGGUAUUCAGCACCAGCGCCUUUGGCACCUACUUCAAGCUGACCCAGAGUGGGCCCGGCAACUCCUCGCACGUGGACCUCUUGGCCCCUGCCUCCGUGGAGUCCGCUGAUGCCAGUGUGGGGCUGGCCUGGUUGGCGGUGGGCAGCAUGUGCCUCUUCAUUGCCGGCUUCGCUGUGGGCUGGGGGCCCAUCCCCUGGCUCCUUAUGUCGGAGAUCUUCCCUCUGCACGUCAAGGGCGUGGCCACCGGUGUCUGUGUGCUCACCAACUGGCUCAUGGCCUUUCUGGUGACCAAGGAAUUCAGCAGCCUCAUGGAAGUCCUCAGGCCCUAUGGCGCCUUCUGGCUCGCCUCAGCCUUCUGCAUCUUCAGUGUCCUUUUCACUUUGGUCUGCGUCCCUGAAACCAAAGGGAAGACUUUGGAGCAAAUCACAGCCCACUUUGAGGGGCGAUGACAGCCCCUGCCUGGCAACAGCUGUGCUCCUUGCUGGGCCAGCCUCGGACUCCAGAGGGGCGGGACCUGCCUGUCACUUCAAAACAGGUCUCGGCCGGAGCCCAGCGCCCCAGCCCACUCCUGGGCCCCCGGGAGCCAGGACCCAGGCCACAGCCCCGCGGAAGGUCUCCUCCAGGGCCUCCUGCCAGCCCAGAGCUCUGGCCCAGCAGCCUGCUGCCUGGUGUGCCAGCCGCCAGCCCGGUUCCACCAGUGCUUGGGCUUGCAGGUCGGGACAUCUCGGGCAGCCCUGGGGCCUGUGGUCAGCCCUCUGCACCAUCUCCGUUAAGACACUAAAGGGUACCUCGUUUUCUGGCUGCAGAUGCUUCUGGAGACUAGUGACAAACCACGGUUUUUCCUCGAGGAAGGAACUUUAUUUGGUUUGCCAAAUAAAAAUCUGACCCGGAAAAUCAGGCCAUGGCCUCUUUGUGGGACUGAAGCCUACGGAUGGGCUGUGUCCACCCUUUCGUGAGCCGCCUCCAGUGAGCGGGGCCCUGCCAGGAACAUCUAGUGGACUCUGGUCGGCAGGCUCAGCUUGGCACUGGGACGGCAUUUUCAGCUCACCUUGGGCUCAGUUCCCUGGCUCAUUAGUCAUCAAAUCUUGUUUUACAGAAGAAAAGGCUUCUCUAUUUAAUGUUUGGGUUGUAGUUCACUAACUACAUUAUUUGGAUAAAUAAUAAACAAAGGAAGCGCACGGCCGCCCUCUGCAGAGGCAGCCCUGAGUCGGCCGGGGGAGGGUGGCCAUCUCCUGUGGCCUCCCGCCGGCCACAGCGGCCCUGCUGCUCUGCCAGCUUCGGGGCAGUCUGCGCCUGCGCGUUGCGGUCACCGUGGCCCCAGGCUUCUGCGCCCCACAUGGUUUUCGGUCCGUGGUUCUCUCCCUGCCUGACACCCAGGGCAAGUCACUGCCUGCCCCCUCCCCUAAAGGCUCUGUUCCGUCCUGGACUCUUCCUCUUGAUGCUCAUCUCCUUGGGAGUUGGAAGAGAAGAGGAGCUAAAGGGGACUGGUUGCACAAAGAAGAUGAAGUGAAGAUGGGAAAAGAGCCAUUUUCGGACCAAGGAGAGAGGCCUCGGGAGAAACCAACCCAGCACUCACUCUGCUCUUGAACUUCUAGCUUCCAGAAUUAUGAAGAAAUGGACAUCCGAGUCUCUCAGACUGUGAUAUUUGUUACAUCAACCCUGGAAAGAGACAGAGGUGACCGGGACACCAGAGAGUGUGAUGAGUCAGGAGCUGAGGCGAGAGCCAGCUGCGCCUGUGCGUAGUCAAACCGAAAUGUCUUCAGAUAAACCUGGAGAGGAGUUGUUAGUCCAGGGGCUUGUGCUUGAGCAAGGCCACUGGCCCGUCCUUUCAGAAUCCACCGCAGAGGCUUGCACACUGGCUGUGACCGAGAGGGGCCUGUAACCCACCAGCUCAGAGCCUGCUCUCGGAGGGGCAGGACCUGCAGACCCGCUGGGCGCCCACUGGGUGUCUGGGGAGUGGGCCAGCCUCGGCACCUCUGCCGCUCGCACCCGCGCUGACUCAGUGCAGCAGGCCAGCGGGCCUUGGCAAAUGGCUUCCCUCGUCCAGCUGGUCUCUGUCACCUUGCAAAGAGGGGUCUUUGUGCUGGGAAACUGCUCACAGGAAUUCAAGCAGAGCUGCUCCCGGCUCCUGCUCGGCGACCCCCAGCUUCGGCAGACAGGCUGGUAAAGCACCAGCCAGGAUGCAGAGGGUGGCUCAGGCCCUGAGGCUGCAGAGAGGAUGGCUAGACACGCGGGCAAGGAGCAGGACGUCGCGGUCAUCUCUGCCUCGCCCUCCUGCUGCUGCAGCGCAGGGGUUGGGACGAAUGCCAGCGGCUCGGCUCACAUUCUCGGGGUGCUCGCCCUCUGCCGAGCGCUCAGUGUCUCGAGCCUCUGUCUGACUGAUCUGUAAAAUGGCCGUAAAGAUGCCAUCCCCGUAAGGGAUUGUUGUGAGAGUGGACACUUAUAUAGGACUACAGUUGGGCCCGAGCACGUGCUCAGUGGGUGCUCCUGCUGGGGAGAGGGAGGCUGCAUGCAGGGCUCUGAGGUCCCAGGGCUGCCUCACCAAGGGAGGCCUGACGUCUUUAUAUUCUGUGUCUUACCCUAUUCGCUUAGUAACGCCUACCCACACCACAUUCUGAUUGCUAACAGCACCCCUAUGUGCCAACGACUGACCGCAUAUGCUCUCAGAAGUCUCAGACUCCCUUGGGACCAUUUCCUCAGGGACCCCAGAGCCCUCCCUGCUGACAGUCCUGUAUCUGCCCCUGGAGCCCAGCCCAGCACCGCCGGGCAGGGACCUCCCUAAAGGACAGGUACACAGAAUCUGGCCUUCUCCCAGCACCAGGUAGAAAUCCGCAGUUCCCUCCACACCUGCCCGCCCUGUACCCCAGCAGUUUCCACGCUCG